AUGUCUAGUCUCAAAACUGCUAAGGAUGCUUUGGUAGCUUCCCUCUUCGAACUUUCCAAGGCCGCCGAAGAUGCUGCCUCUGCCACGGUGGAUUACUUCAAAAACACCACGAGUGAAGACGCUUUGGCUGUCUCCUUGCAGAACGUGCUGGAGGCCAGCGACGCUGUGACUGAAGCUGUUUCCAAGGUAGCACCCAAGUCUGCCAAGAAGGCUGCUGCUGCUGCUGCCGCUGCUGGUGGUUCUGGCUCUGCUGCUGGUGCUUCUUCUAAGAAGACCAAGUCCGAACCCGCUGCUGUCGUUGCCGCUCCCGCUGAAGGGGAGAACGGCACUGUUGUCGAAGAAAAGAAGAAGAGAAAGAAGGCUGAGAGAGACCCUAACGCUCCAAAGAAGCCAUUGACCAUGUACUUCGCCUACUCCUUCCACCACCGUGACUUGAUUCGUGAAGACAGAAAGAAGAAGGCCCUCGAGCCAUUGUCGGCUACUGAAGUAACCGAAAUUGUCAAGAAGCAAUGGGAAAGCAUCUCAGACGAAGAGAAGAACAAAUGGCAAAGAAAGUACCAGAACGAGUUGAAGGACUACCAGGUCAAGAAGGAAGCUUACAAUGCCAGCAAGGAAGCCGCCAGUAAGCUCCCAUCUGCUGGUGCAACUUUACCUUCGCAAGGAUCUCCAAAGGCCGUUGUUGAAGAUGUAGUUCCAGCCACUCCAUCCAAGAAGGCUGCGGACGUGCCAGCUCCAGUAUUGAGUCCUUUGAAGGAAGCCAAGGAAGCCAAGGAGCCAAAGGAACUAAAAGAGCCAAAGGAGCCAAAGGAGUCAAAGAAAGAAUCCAAAAAGCGUUCUAAGGACUCCGAAGAGGCUUCCGCUGCUAAGAAGGAAAAGAAAUCAAAGAAGUCUAAGAAGGAAAAGGCCGAGAAAUAA